AUGGAGGUGACCACCGUGUCCCCAUCUCCCGCUUCACCGACUGAAGGAGAUGAUCUGUGUGACACAGAUGUCAGCAGCGUGGCCAUACACAGUGCAGCAGUGAUCAUUGGCCUCUGUGGGCUGGCUGGGAACGGGGCUGUCAUCGGCCUCCUUACCCUGAAAAGCAGGAACGCUGGCAUAUUUGACCUGGCUGUCAUUGACUUCCUCUUCCUCCUCUUUGCAGUGCCCUCUGCCCUCUUCAUCCUGGUGGAAGAUUUGUCUUGCUCUCCCAUCCUGCCCAUGAUGUACAUGAAUUUCGUUUUCCAUCUGUCAUUGGUCUCCUACUACUGGGCGCUGUUCCGGCUGACACGCAGCAGCCCAGUGCGUUAUAUGCACAACUUCUGCAAGUUCUGCUGCCGCUGCGACCUUCCUCUGCGUCUGGUGUGGGUGGUGGACACUGUCCAAUACUGGGCCAUCUUUGCUGUCUUCACUGUCCUUCCCACGGCAACAUUCCUGUGCCCAACACAGCAGCAGGAGCUCUGCAGGGCAGCUCUUAUCCCUGUGUACACCAUCACCCUGCUCCUCUUUGCUGUACCUGUGGUCAUUUCUCACACAGUUGAUUUCAUUAAGGCCAAGAGGGGUUCCCAGCAGCAGCAACCCAAGAGGCGUGACAUCGUUAUCGUCAUCAUUGUGCUCUUCACUUUGCUCCUUAGUCUCUGCAAUUUCCUGCAGCAGCUCAGUUACACGGUUGUGCCCUCCCAGGUUGUUUUCCUGCUCACCUGUGUCUACAGCAGCAUCAAACCCUUAAUCUACCUCUUGGCAGGGAGGUGCAGGAGGCCCUGCUCUGUGGAGUCCCUCCAGCUCUCCCUCCAGAGGGUCUUUGAGGAGCCAAAAGACAAAAAAGCCCACAGAAAGGAUAGUGCCAUGGACACGGGGGUCUGA